AUAAUUUUUUCCAAAUGAUUUAUUCAUAUAAUAUAAUAAUAAUUAUUAUUUUAAUUUUUAAUCAUUUAAAAUCAGUUUUAGGUGGUGGAACAAUUAUUGUUGUUAAUCAAGAUGGUAAUAAAAGUUGCAGUAGUGGGUGUAUAGCAUUAUUCUCAUUAUUAGGUAUAGGAGUAGCUGUAGCAAUAUCAUCUUGUGUUUAUUGGUACAGUAAAAGAUAUGGUAGUAAAAAAAAAUAUAAUUCUUCUUCUAAUAUGAUGAUUACAAAUGAUUUGAAUGAUUUGAAUGAUUUGGAACAACCAAGUUUACCGACAUAUGAUUCACAACCACCUGCUUAUUCUGAAUUAAGUAAUCCACCUCCUGUUCCUCCAACUUUAAUUCAUUCCGAAUCAUUUGAUGAUGCUGAAGAAUUCUUUAGAAAUAAUGAAACAAUUGAUUCUUUACCUUCCAAUGAUGUGAUACAAGAAUUAUUAAACCAAGAUGAUUAUUCUUAUUGGAGAUUUACUCCUGAAAAAAUUCUCAUGCAAUUAGAAAUUGUUAUAGUGGGAAAUAAUGGAAGAGAAUUAAUACUUAAUAAUUCUAAAAAGAAAGGUUUAAAAUAUAAUGAAAUUAUGAUCCAAUCUAAUUUACCUUUCUUUAAUCCAAAGAAAAUUAUUAAUAAUGAGAAAAUUGAAUUAGAAGAAGUAAAAGAAAAAAAUAAUGACAAUUUAUUUGAAGACUUACAUUAUUUUGAAAUUACUAUCGUUGAAAAAUCUGAUGAUGUAACUAAGAUUGCUAUUGGGUUAACGACGAAUCCUUAUCCAUAUUAUAGAUUGCCCGGAUACAAUAAAUAUUCAAUCGGGUAUCAUUCAGAAAAUGGAAAUAAAUAUCAUAAUUCUCAAUUCAAUUUACAAGAAUAUGGACCGAAAUGGAGUGAAAUAGGAGAUACGGUUGGAUGUGGUUAUAGAUCAUCUUCGGGUGAAGUCUUUUUUACAAAAGAUGGUGAAUAUUUAGGUGUAGCUCAUUCAUAUGGUGAUGAUGACCAUGUAUGGUAUCCUACUAUAGGAGCAGAAGGAACUUGUAAAAUUGAAGUAAAUUUUGGUGAUAGUCAUAAUAUGUUUAAAUAUAAACCAGCAAGAAGUUAUGGUCCAGGUGCUCAAGGUGGUUGGUUAUAUAAACAUUUAGAUCCUUCCAAAAAAUGGGCUGAAGAUUAAUUUACACCAUAAAUUUUUAUAUGUAUAAUUUAUUAUUUAUCUACAGUAUAUUAUUUUAUUUUAUUUUUUGGUUGUAAAUAAUGUUUUUAUCUGUAUUUUAUAUUAUUACAUUUAUUAUUAUAUUAAUGAAAAAAGUUAUUUAAUUUAAAUUAUAU